AUGCGGAAUAAAGAACCGGUGUUGGAUGAUGAGGAAGUGGUGUAUGAGGAUGGUCCAGGUUGUGGGUGGAACACUUUUGAGGAUGAGGAUGUAAUGCAGCAGACAUCUUCUAUUCAUGAUGAUGAAGCCAAGAAACUUCCAUAUGUGGGGGAUAAGGAACCACUAUCUAGCUUGGCUGCUGAAUAUCAAUCAGGCAGUCCUAUCUUACUGGAGAAAAUCAAGGUGCUUGCUGAGCAAUAUGCUGCCAUUCGGCGUACUCGGGGAGAUGGAAACUGCUUCUUUCGAGGCUUUAUGUUUUCAUACCUUGAGCAUCUUUUGGAAGCUCAAGACAAAGCAGAAAUUGAUCGCAUCAAAGCCAAUAUUGAGAGAAGUAGAAAAGCACUUCAGACCUUGGGUUAUGCAGAGUUGACUUUUGAAGAUUUUUUUACGCUAUUCCUUGAGCAGCUGGAAGAUGUAAUUCAAGGGAAAGAGACUUCCAUAAGUCAUGAAGAGCUUGUUCUUAGAAGCCGAGAUCAGUCUGUAUCUGAUUAUGUUGUUAUGUUCUUCAGAUUUGUUACGUCUGCUGCAAUACAAAACCGCUCAGAAUUUUUUGAACCUUUCAUAAUGGGCUUAACCAAUACAACUGUUGAGCAGUUUUGCAAAUCAGCUGUUGAACCAAUGGGCGAAGAGAGUGACCAUGUCCACAUUACCGCCCUUUCAGAUGCAUUGGGCGUUCCUAUCCGUGUUGUGUACCUCGACCGCAGCUCUUGUGAUACUGGUGGUGUCAGUGUAAAUCAUCAUGAUUUCAUUCCAUCUGCUGGUGAUCUCCCAAGUUCAAGUGGUAGCUCUGAAAAGAAGAAUCCCUUCAUCACAUUGCUAUACCGUCCUGGUCACUAUGAUAUCCUCUAUCCAAAGUGA